AUGGCAGAUUCAAUUACCACCAUUAAAGCUUGGACUUACUCCGAAUACGGCAACACCGUUGAUGUUUUAAAAUUUGAUCCAAACGUGGCUUUACCUGACGUGAAAGAUGAUCAAGUUCUCAUCAAAGUUGCAGCUGCUUCUCUUAAUCCCGUUGAUUAUAAGAGAUUGAAUGGCGCCUUCAAAGCCUCCGACUCUCCUUUACCGACUGCUCCGGGGUAUGAUGUAUCCGGAGUUGUGGUUAAGGUAGGGAGUGAAGUGAAGAAAUUUAAGGUCGGAGAUGAAGUUUAUGGUGAUAUCAAUGCGAAAGCUUUGGAAUAUCCAAAGGUGAUUGGUUCACUGGCUGAGUAUACUACUGCAGAAGAGACAGUGUUGGCUCAUAAGCCGGAAAAUUUGAGCUUUGCUGAAGCUGCUAGUCUUCCUUUAGCAAUUGAGACUGCUUAUGAAGGCCUUGAACGAGCCGGCUUAUCUGCUGGUAAAUCUAUACUUGUUCUUGGUGGUGCUGGUGGAGUUGGAACUCAUGUCAUUCAGCUUGCCAAGCAUGUUUUUGGCGCGUCGAAAGUAGCAGCUACAUCUAGCACGAAGAAAGUAGAAUUGUUGAGCAAGUUAGGAGCUGAUUUGCCGAUUGAUUAUACAAAGGAGAAUUUUGAAGAGUUGUCUGAGAAGUUUGAUGUGGUGUUUGAUACAGUAGGGGAAACUGAGAAGGCAUUCAAGGCUGUGAAAGAAGGUGGGAAAGUUGUGACAAUUGUACCACCAGGAAUUCCACCAGCAAUAGUGUUCAUACUUACUUCUAAUGGGGCUAUUUUAGAGAAACUAAAACCUUAUUUGGAGAGUGGAAAGGUGAAGCCAGUGCUUGAUCCCAGGAGUCCAUUUCCAUUUUCUCAAGCUGUUGAAGCAUUUUCGUAUCUGGAAACUGGUAGAGUUACUGGAAAAGUAGUUAUUCAUCCCAUACCAUGA